AUGCGUUCUACCUUGGCCCUGGUUCUUUCCUAUUUAGUCGGUAGUGCGCUCACGCUGAGUUCGCCGCCGGCAGGGGCGAUAACCGUCGGUAGCGGCGGUCAAUAUGCCACUUUGUCUGCUGCUCUGAAGGACACGUCGAGUUUGGUUUAUUUCAUUCACUCCGGAACGUACACGGACACCGCCAUCAUUACCCGCGCGAACGUCCGUGUCUAUGGCCAGACGAAUACACCGAGUUCCUACAGCGGGAACACUGUUACUAUCACGAACAACAUACCGGCUUCCCAGGCAGGCUCCAAUGAUGCGAGCGGGACUGUACAAGUCCAUGCCACCAAUGUGUCACUCUAUAACCUUAACAUCGCGAACACAUUCGGCAAGGCGCAGGCGAUUGCAUUGAGUGUGCAGGCGGGUGAGUUCGGCGCAUAUGGUCUCAAGAUUACUGGCGACCAGGACACGCUAUUGGCCAAUGUUGGCACUCAGUACUAUGCGAACAGCUGGAUAGAGGGGGCGGUGGACUUUAUCUUCGGCAUGCAAGCAUCAAUUUGGAUUACUCGCUCUGUAAUCAAUACAAUCGGGAACGGUUUCAUCACAGCCUCCGGUCGAUCCAGCGACGACGCAAACUGGUACGUUAUCAACAACUCGACCAUUCAGGGAACGGGUCCAGCAUUCCUUGGUCGUCCUUGGCGCGACUUUGCCCGUGUUGUGUUUCAAAAUUCCGUGUUAGGAAGUAAUGUUCCUUCCGCGGGCUGGUCUGUGUGGGAGACGGAAACGGACCACGUCACCUUCGCAGAGUUCGGGAACACGGGUGCUGGCUCUUCCGGUGCACGUGCAAACUUCAGCACGAACUUGUCGGCACCCGUCUCGAUCACGACAGUCCUGAACUCGACUAGCUGGAUUGACCCCGCUUUCCUGUGA